CCCAAUCUAGCUAUUUGUACUACUUUACUCCGUACUCUACACUUCAAGGGACCUCCUUUAUUCCACCUUCUAGCUUACCGUAUGGUAUGGUUGCCACCUCUGCAUUUAGGAUAAAUCCCAAUAGGGAUCCCCCAACUCAAAGGAGACCCCUUCCCUGCCUGAGCCUUUCUUAUUCGGAUAACUCAACUUGA